AUGGCCAGCUCUGUACUCGUCCUUCCACCCAUCGCUGCCUCUACCCGUUUGGACGUCGUCUUUGACGAGAAAAUAUCUCUCAAGGAACGCGUCCAUCUUCCCGAAACUCUCGGCAUACAGGGAAAGGUCAACGUCGCCCCCGCACUUUCGAGCUCUAAUGGCGAGACUGUCGACAAGGGUCUAUCCUCCAACCACGUAGAACGACAACUCGGCGAGACAGAAGUCUCCUACUUCCUACCUUCUCGGGAGAGCGGUGUAAACGACAUGUAUCUGCAUUUAGGAUGCCGCGCGUCUGCGAGCCUCGUGCAGCGUGAGCGCGUCGCGCUGGUCUGGGCUAUCAUGCGUGUACGACACCCACUUCUUGCGUCGAGGGUCACGAUGCAUGGAUAUCAUGAUAUCCGUUUCGAAUACAAUGCGCCACUCUCACCAUUUGAGGCUCUCGAGGAGGCAAACAGGGCACUCGAAUACCGUUUCCAGACCAAAGAUGAGCUUAUCAGCUCUUAUCUCAAUGGUCCGAGGACACUGUCGAGCAAUCGACUUUCUUAUCUCGUAGUCUCGAGCAGUGAGUCCGAACAGGAAGGGGAACAAGAUUACCAUUUUUUGAUUUGCGCCACACACUUCCUCGGUGACGGAAUGGCGCUCCAUCAAUUCGCUAACGACUUCUUCGGACUGCUCGGCGGUUCCUUGGACCUGGCCAGUCUCGGCCAAAAACUUUCUGACGAGUGGUCCCAGCGAAUCAAGUCAGACGGUGAUAAGGGCCCGACAUUACCUUCUUCCGUAGAAGAUCGACUGCCCCAGGCGUCAACGUCAAGGUGGAGUCGAGCGACAGCUCGUGUCGACUUCGACCAGGCACAAAGGAAGCUAAUCGGCGGACAUAGCUUCCCUCGAGCCAAGAAGGGCCCCAGACACACGAUAGUUCCAACCGUGUCAUUCGAGCGCGAUGUAACGAAGACCAUCCUCAAGACGUGUAAAGCUCGAGGCGUGUCCAUCUCCGCUGCUCUUUUCGCGAUUUGCAAUAUCGCAUGGGCACGAACGCGCUCAGAGGGCUGGGAUCUACCGAUUAUGAUGUACUCUGCCCUUAAUAUGCGACCGAAUCUCCUCGCCGACAAGCACCUCAACGACUCGUACUGGUUCCUCGCCAUCGGGUACUUCAACGUCGUACUUCCUACCUUCUUCCCGAAGUCGGGCGACGCGAGCCAGAUGUUCUGGCAUCGCGCGCGUUCGGCGAAGACACAGAGUGUCAAGGCGGCGAAGAGCCCCAUGAACGUCUCGCGCUGUAGGGAGAUGGCGAACGAGCGCGGUGCGAGAGCGCGUGUUUGGGCAAAGGAAGACGACGACAAAGCAGCAGAAACAGUUGCGCUCAAGCCUGUUCUUGCUUCGGACCCUAUCAGCCAAUCGCCUUCGAAGCCCAAGGUUCCUUCGGCCGCGCUCAUUGGCUUGUCCCUCCUUGGGAAUCUGGACGGGAUAUACAAACAUGCGAAUUUCCCUACGAUCAAGCUGCAUACAUUGACGACUGGGUCUCGCCAGCGUGCAGGUGGUAUGCUCUUAUUCGGGUACACCUUCGUGGACAAGUUAUGGAUAAGUCUAGGGUAUGACGAGAAUGGUUUCGAGGAAGGAACAGUCCAGAAAUUCUGGAAGAACGUGCUUUCCACUGUCGACGAGUUCCUUUACAAUGUGAUUAUUUAA